GUGGUAUGGUACGGGGGCAAAUGUGACAAAUAACGUCCAACAAACGCAUGGCAGGGGGCGGACUCAAUUCGUCAACUGGUGAGUGGGCAUCUGUCUGAAGGCGGAGCGGCGAAGGUACCGUAUCGUAAGCAAUCAAUUACCUGUACAUUUGAAGUUCUCGCAACUUGACGGACGGCGGAGCACGCGGAUGUUCCAGGCACUCAGCCAUGCAGUCUGUGGAGCGGAUUUUCGACGAGCUCGGGCAUUUCAGCAGGUUCCAGGCUUGUGUAUAUUUUGCAGCUGUCUUCCAAUCAGUAUCUUGUGGCAUUCAUUAUUUAGCCUCAGUAUUUUUAUCUGAGACUCCCAAUUUUAUAUGCUAUGUUGCUGAGAACAUUACGAGUUUUACGCUGGCAAAUUACAGUGGUAAUGGAUUGGACCACAUGUGGAAUGUAUGGAUUCCAGAGAAAGGAUAUGUUCUUGUGAACACAAAGGAGGGUCAUCAGUGGGAGCUUAGCAAAUGCUCACGGUCUUUAAGAAUAAACAGUUCCCAUUCUGAUUAUGAGUUUAGUGGAAAUAAAUCUGACUUCUUGUGUUCAGAUGGGUACAUUUAUGAUAAUACUGAUAUACAUAAAAGUAUUGUAAUGGACUGGGACCUUGUCUGUGAUAAUGAAUGGCUUGCCAAGCUAACACAACCAACCUUCAUGCUCGGAGUCCUUAUAGGAGCACUGAUAUUUGGAGAUGUAGCUGAUAGAGUGGGGAGAAGACCAAUGCUGAUUUUCACAAGUGUGUGCCAAUAUGUGCUUGGAAUCUGCGUUGCCUUUUCUUUUAAUUACUACAUUUUCAUUGUCUUGCGUUUUCUUCUUGCUAUGGUAUGUAGCGGUUACCUUGUUGUGGUUUUCGUGUAUGUGACAGAAUUUACUGGAAUUAAAGUUCGAACUUGGACUUCAAUGCAUGUUCAUGCUGCUUUUGCUGUGGGAGUCAUGAUUGUUGCACUAAUUGGAUAUUUGGUGCGAACUUGGUGGAUUUAUCAGAUUAUUCUGACAGUCACCACUCUCCCCUUUCUUUUGGUGUGCUGGAAACUUCCAGAGACACCAUUUUAUCUUCUGGCGAAGGGAAAAUAUAAAUCAGCCCAGGACCUUGUAAAAUGGAUUGAAAAGACCAAUGGCAUGAAGAAGAAUUUUGAUGUGCUUGAGUUGAUACAGCCACAUAAAGAAUGUCUUUUGGAGAAAAAUCUGAAAAAUGAUAUAGAUUCAAAGAUAUAUAGAAAACUAAGCAUCCUUGAUCUAUUUUCUUCAUGGGAAAUAGCAACAAAGACUAUUACUGUAUGGCUUGUGUGGUUCAUAGGAAGCCUGGGAUAUUACGUGAUCUCACUUGGAUCUGUCAAUCUUGGAGGAAGCAAAUAUAUAAAUUUAUUUAUAGCAGUUUUUCAAUUGACAGGGGCUGUGGAGCUUCCUUCCUAUAUUGUUGCCUGUUUAGCGAUGGACAAACUAGGAAGAAGAAACACACUGGCACCAUCACUUAUACUCAGUGGAGUAGCAUGUGGACUAAUUACUGUAGUGCCCCAGACAAGUGAAACAUUGGUGAUUGUAUUAAGCAUGACUGGAAAGUUUGCUAUUGCAAUAGCAUUUGGCCUCAUUUACUUGUACACGUGUGAGCUGUAUCCCACUGUUAUACGCUCUCUUGCCGUUGGAAGUGGAAGCAUGAUGUGUCGCAUCGGAAGUGUUGUUGCCCCAUUCUGUGUCUAUCUAUCAUCUGUAUGGACCUUUUUACCCCAGGUGAUUGUUGGAGUUUUGGCCUUUGUAAUUGGUGUGUUGACUCUAUUUCUACCAGAAACUCUGGGAAAGCCAAUGACUAAUACCAUUGAAGAGGCAACAGAACAGUGGUCGAAAAAAACUGACAGAAAAAAGGAAACAACACAAAAUUCUUUGGUAGAGAAAAUAGAAAUUGUUCCUUUAGAAUCCUAAAAUAGAGUGAGACCAAUGAUAUGUCUGUAUACUAUGGAAUUUUUACAUCUUGAAAAAAAAGUCAGUGCCUUUAUGAAAUUAAUUUUUACAUCUGAAAGUAUAAUACAUGUCUGCUAGAAUUACAAUAUGGAAAAAAAUGAAUACAUGAAUAACUUUAAACUGUGAAAUCCUACAAUAUUAAGACUGGUUCUUCAGUGAUAUUUUGAUAUGUGAUAUUACACUUCAUAUUGAUGAUCAUCAAUUACUGUAUGUCACUCUUAACACUAGCCAAACAUAUUUUUAAAUGUAGAAUAUAUUAAAAGCUGUUUGUGUAAAGAAAAAAAAUUUUAAACAGAAAUAAAUUAUUUUCAAAGGUAAAAAGCAUAGUCAUCCUGCAUCCAAAUGGUGCAGAGUUUGUAUGUUCUCAUGACUCCAUGAGCUUUUCUCCCAUAUCCACUAAGACAUGUGUGUGUGUCCUUUGAUGGGCUGGUACCCUGUCCAUUGCCAUUUCCAUCUUUGCACCCAGUUUUGCCAGGAAAGACUCCAGCCCCAUGACACUGAAUUGAAUUAAGAUGGUUUGAGAAGGUGUGUGUAUUUCUAGUGUGCCCAUUUUUUUGUUCUUUUAUAACAUACCACACAUCUAUCCAUGGUACACUACAAUUCCUGUAACAAAGUGUUCAUAUUUCUGUAUUGUAGUACGCUUUGUGCUGGACCUUAACUUGAAAAAUACCUAGUUUAUUUUUUUACAAGGGACAAAAUAAAAUAAUUAUUAUCAAUACAAAGUUAAGAUGUUUAAGGGUAUUAUUUUACUCAAGGGGAAUAAGUCUAGAAUUUUAUGCUGAAAUGAUUUUGUAGUUAACUGCUUAUGCAUCUCCUCAUAGAGAAGCAUAAAUGAUUUAUGUUAAUUAGCCUGAUGAUGUUUAAUGAAACUGAAUAAUAUAAUGGAUAUUUACAACAAAUAAUUACUUUGUAAGUAAUGGAAUCUGUGUGUUCAAACACAUAAAAUGCCUAUUUUAUUGUCUCACUUGGUGAGUCUUGAAUUAGAUGGUAAUAGCUUAGAUUGAGACAUAAACAUAAACUGCAUAACACUGUUAAAAUAAUUAUAAAAUAAAGAGAUCCUAAGGCAAGUUACAGUAUAAUUAAAGUGGAUUAUGCAUCAGCAGCUGUUGCACAUUAACAUGGUUCAUUUUAAAGGUAGUAUCUAACCAGAUAAUUGGAUUGUGUCACAAAGCAUGGCAGUGACUUGGGUAGGAUUUGAAUAGCAAAACUCUCAAAUAAAAAAAGACUUUUCUUAAAGAUGCAUUAGAAGUAUUCUGUUUCCUUGAGUAAAUUGUUUAGCAGCAUAUAACAGAAAAAUAUAUCCAAUUUGCUCCCUUGUUUCAUUAACAAGUGCAUAUUAAAAUCUGCCUCAUGACCUCAAGUUUGCUUUUCCAUUACUUAUAACCCAUUAAAAAUAGGAGAUUUCAAUAUUUCAGUGAUCAUCUCAUCCUGCCGCAGGUUCAUAACUCUUAUCUACAGACACUUUAAAUGGGUAGGAUGAGAAACAAAACAGUAGUUUUCCUUUGUCGUUUCAUUUGUCUGCAUUGUGGCAGCAUGAAGCUUUUACAGCUCUUUCUGACACAGAAAUAAUACUAGAACAUGGACAUAAUGUUCCACUCAGUCUCACUGUAUUGUAUGAGUAAACAUGUCUGUUAACCGGUGGAACAUAACCUAAACUUGCAAGGAUGUUUUGCGUCGUUGUAUGUAUAUACUUGCAUAUAUACAGUAUAUACAAUGACACAUACAUAUAUAUUUAUGUAUAGAUAGAUAGAUAGAUAGAUAGAUUUUACAGUAUGUACAGAGGUGGGUAGAGUAGCCAAAAAUUUUAUUAAAGUAAGAGUAGUGUUACUUCAAAAUAAUAUUACUCAAGUAAGAGUAAAAAAGUAUUUGGUGAAAAGACUACUCAAGUUCUGAGUAACUGUUAGAUCAUAAUAAAUUAUAUAUUUUUUAGAAAUGUUGUAAUAAGACAGACAAAAAUAUAAAAUAAUGUGCAAAUUAUCUGCUAUUUCCAAAUAAUAAAAUAAAAAAUGAGUAAAAAUAAAUAGCAUCUUUACAAAAUAAAGAUGCACAAAUAACACAAAGUUCCAAAUCUCAGUUUUUCACAACAAAGCUUUUGAAGCCAAUACCUACAGUAGGUAACAUGUAUGUUUGAACAGUGCAAACUAUUUACAGUGACAAGAUAUACUGUACACUGACAGUAUAAUACUUCAUAUUCACUUGCCCUCCAAAUAGAGCAGCUGAUAGAAAAUAACAUUAGAACAAGGCAGCUUGUGCGCGUACAAGACGUCUCACUUUACCGUGACUGUCUGUUUCUGUGCAUAUUUGGUUAAAAUGUGCUUGUUCUUCACUCAGUGAAGUGAUGGUUAAGUUUCAGCAGGGGUCGGCUCUCAUUUUUCAUGUAUUCUUUCUUUCCCUGUCUGCUGUCUGUGAGGAGUUUGUGCCGCUAUGCUGCCACAGUUUGUGUGUGGUCAUGUGACUGCAUGGCUACGUCUGAUUUGUGAAACGGAGCCAUGUGAUUAUUGUUGCUAUGUCUGAUUGUUGAAACGGAGUCUUGUGAUUAUUGUUGCUACGUCUGAUUGGUGAAACAGUCAUGCAGUAGAUCCACUGGCGGCUUCUCUCAGGCAAAAAUAUAGCGUAUAUAAUGGAAAAAAAGUAACAAUUCGAUUGUUGCCCAAUGUAGCGGAGUAAGAGUAGCGUUUCUUCUUCACAAAUGUACUCAAGCAAAAGUAAAAAGUAUGGUGCAGUAAAACAAACAAAAAUUUACUCAAGUAAAUGUAAUGGAGUAAAUGUAACUCGUUACUACCCACCUUGUGAAUUUCCUCUUGGGAUUAAUAAAGUAUCUAUCUAUCUAUCUAUCUAUCUAUCUAUCUAUCUAUCUAUCUAUCUAUCUAUCUAUCUAUCUAUCUAUCUAUCUAUCUAUCUAUCUAUCUAUCUAUCUAUCUAUCUAUCUAUCUAUCUAUCUCUGAUUAUAUAUAAUAUAUAUAUGUUAUGUAUUUAUGUGGUUACGUUUUAAAAAUCUUCUACAUGAUUCUUCUUCUACGGUCAUUACCCUUUCUGAUUGAUGUUAAAUCAAUGAUAUACAUUCUGUUAUAGUGAAUAUAGUGAAUAAAUUUGUGAAAUUACAAAUAGACAGGUAAAUGUUAUAUUGUUAAAAUUGUUGAGCUGUUGCCACUUUCUCCAAAGCCUGAAAGCAGGUGUUUUUUUCUAUUUAUGGAUGGUUCGAGGUGGGUACAGGUGAUAUCUGUUAUCCAGCUUUCUAUAACAAACACAAACAGUUUAGCUAAAAAUACUUAAAACCAGUUACUUUUUUCCUGUGCUAUCCAGGUCAUUUGUGUCCAACCAUGGGAUAAGUGUCUUAGAAAGGCAAAACAAAACAACCUGAAGAGAUCUGGGUGCUCUUGGAAGUGAAGUUGUUCAACCAAACUAAUAUUAAUAAAAUCAUAAAUAUUAAUAAUGAAUACAUUUGCAUUACUUAAACUAGUAUUAGUGUAGUCUUACUGAUGACCUAUCUCAACCUCAGACUAACAAUUGAUUUUGGUUUCCUACAUACAGAAUAACUUAAAGCAUUGCUAAAGAAAGUACUCCAUAACUCCUCUGUGUCUGGGGUUCCAUUAAAUUUAUAAAAGGUCAAGCAGUACACACACUCAUUGACCAUUACAUAAUUGCAUAUCAAUAGUCAAUAGUUCUUACGCAGAGCAUCAUUACCCCAUAGUGAUUACAUGUGCCUUUUUUUUGACAAAUUUAAUUUGAAAUUUGCACUGUACAAAGUAUAGUACCUAAAAGGAGGACCUUGAAAAGGGAUAUUUGUUCAUGUUACUCUUAUUCCUGUCUUUCUGAAGCAUUACAAUAUAAAACACUGGACCAUCACUGUCAACCUGUCCUUAAAGUUUUAUAAAUUGGCUUUUUAUUUUUUAAUGUCUGGCAUUCUGGUCCUUAGAACUGUUUAUUAGGAAGGAAAGCUGUUUCUUCUAAAUAGUAUGUUGCUGUUCAGGAUAAUUUCAACAUGUACCUAAGAUAAACUGACCACUGUGCUAUAAAGUUUAAAUCAUUCCAGAACAAAUAGAUUAUUUGGUAAAAAUGUGUCACUAUCAGUGAAGGGACUGAUGUAGAAAAAUUGAAAAAAUAAACAUAAUAUGGUCUACCAGUUAUUAAAACAUGAUGAAAAUUGUGCCACCCUUUUUCUGUCUUUAUGUAAAAUAGGAUUAAAGACCAAUAGAAACAUUCUGAAUGUUAUAAGAUUAAGAUAUCUGAUGAAUGGCACCUACCACAUGAAACUUGGACUCCUGAUCAACCUCCAUCACUGCAUACACUGUUCAUCCACUUAAACAACUGAUAAUGAAUGUCAGUUUAAAUAUACUUGUUCAGUAAUAAAUGUUAUAUACUAAUCACUUCUAAUUUAGUUUUAUGAUUUUGUGAAGCAUUCAUCCACUCACUUAUAAUUUGAGGCCUCAGGGGCUGGAGCCUACAUGGGCAGGAUUGAGCACAAGAUUGGAGAAACGCAGGAAGGUAAACCAGCCCUUGUCAAGGUCCACUCACACCUUCACUCACACAGAGCCAAUUUAGAAUGACUAGUGAUCCUGACACACACAUCUUUAGAAUAUGGGAGAAAACCAAAACAGAAAAAUGCAUCCAAACACCCAUGCAAAUGCUGAACCAGCAGUACAUCAGUUGGGAUUUGAAGUCAAUCCCCUGGAGCCAGGAGACAGCAGUUCUGUUCCACUGUGUGACCCCAGAUGUUUAUUAUGCUAACUGAAUUUCAUUUGAAUAUCCUGUAGAUUUUGAAAGUCUAGGGUCCAAAUGAGUACGUCUCGUUAUGAAAAAAGCUGAUACAUUGCACUGGGUAUUGAGCAAAGCCACACAAUAGCACAUAACACAAGUAGCAAGGGAAAUAAAGAAUCAGAAUAUUAAGAGCCACUGAUAAAACAGAAAAAUAUCACUGGAUACUGUAAAAUGACAGAGAUUAAAAGUUACUCUAAAAGGUGACAGGAAAAGGAAAGAGAAAGCAUUCAGAUAUUAAGUCCUACUAAUUAUAAUUAAAUAUCUUUUAAAACUGCAGUUUCUCCUAAAAGCUAUACACAGAGGAUACACUCACACUUGUACCUUCUACCUCACCCUAGGCCCAUCUAGGGUCUUCAGUCAACCUAACAACAUGUUUUUGGACUGGGGGAAGAAACUGAAAUUGCACUUCAAAGCCAAUGCCAGACAAAGAGCACCUCAGUUGGGAUGAGAAGUACAACCGUGCCACUGUGUCUCUCCAGACAUAUGUUAUAAUAGCCAAAAUUUUAUAUAUAAAGGUACAAGUUUACACACACACACAUCAUGGCCAGGCAGCUAAAUGCAUGUAGGAUGUACAGCAAAAAAAAUGUACAGACCCAAAUCCUUGGUUUUCCAUCGCAAAAGGUUCUGGUGACCUUGUUAUGUUGUAGGGUACAUUUUUCUGCCAUGGUUUAAGUCCACAUAUUCUUGAAGAGACUUAAUUAAAUGCCAGUAAGUACUUAACAAUCGUGAAUGCUAUUGAUGAAAUCUUUAUAUCCUAAUAUUAAUAGAAUGUUAAAGGAGCACAUUAAUCAUUAUCUAUUACAAUACUUUCUGUACUAAUAUUCACCGCCUUCAUUUUUGCAUUAUACAACCUGAAUUGCUUUGUAUCAGUCCCUGUUUUAAACUGCUACUUUCAUCUAACGUUUAAGUGAUCAUGCUUAGUUUUUUGUAUGAUGUAUUUUGUAUUACUAACAUGAGGUUCUUGCUUUGCUCUGAUCUUUACAUAAUCCCUUGAGAAAUGAAAAGUGCUUGGUGAGUGACAAGUAAGUAGAUUGCAAGUAAAUCUCAAUCUGUCAUUGAAAAAUUGACCAUGGUCCUCUUUGUCCUGGUCUAGAACUGUGUGCCUCGUAGUAGUUUUGAGCGAAAAGUACCUAGUCAUCCGUUAACACUUCUCAGGCAUGUUAUACAGCUUUUUUUUAAGCAGUUGGAAUACAGGCAUGUUAAAGCAACUUGCUCAACCUCAUAGAGUGAACAAGUCGUUGGGAACAAGGUAGCAAUGUUUCUGUUGUGGAGUCCACUUUCGUAGUCACUACACUUUCAAGACAACUGUUUAUGACUGUGGCAGUUAUAUGUGAAAUUAUAGGAGAGGCCCAUGUCUGAGACAAAAUUAUAAUGCUGAUGCUAAGUCCAUCUACUCUUAGGAAUAUUGUAGAUAUUUAAUUAUUCAAUUCUGUGUAUUUUAUUAUUUCUGAUAAACAGUAACAUCAAGAUGCUAAUUUUACUACAUAUUGUAAUAUGUGUAUAAUUGUAUAUGACAAAUAAAAUUGUAUAAACUUUGUCUUUCA